CUCUGCUGGACGCGCCCUCUUAGCUCUCGGACGUAAAUAAGCUCAUUUAUUAGUGCCCCAUGUGCGAAAGCGUACAACACAUACUGGUAAAAUGAAGACGUCGGUAGCGCUCACUGUCGCAGUGGUUUUAUUCGGGGUGUUCACUGAAGUGACCGCACGCCUGUUCACUGCGGACUCCACUUGCCACCGUCUGCGCACAAAAGUGGAAAAGGUACGCAGGCGUUGCGUCUACCUAUGUCACUUGCCAGAAGGGCACAUUAGGAUGGCACUUGAAGAAGACGGUACCCCUUGCAAGCGUUUUGUACGCGAAGGUGUGUGCUUGCGAGGACGUUGUCGGAGGCUGAGACCACGAAAGAGAGACCCCUCUAUUAACCAUGGCUCUGAAAACGAACCAGUUCCUGAUUCGACGACGGCGAUCCCACGGGAUGAGUGACGGGAAAUAUUUGAACAGUUCCCAUCACACCCUUUUGUCAAUUGACAUGCAUGCACCUAAUUCUGACACCUGCAGUGAGAGUACAUGUGAAUGCAUAAUUUUUUGCAGGGAAAUAAUCAAUUUGUUAAACACUACUGACAAGGAUGCGUCUACAGGUGUGGACACUGCUAGAAAUAGAGGAAAGUAGAGCGCCAUCGAAGCCAAGCAACCAAAAGAUGGAUGCGCAACUCUAGUAGUUCUUUUGUAUUGUGCAGAACAAGCAGAUGCAAAAGAUGCCUGAUGAAGAGUUGUCAGAACGAGAAUGUACAAUUCUGAGGCUAUGAUAACAAAUAUAAACAGCUGAGACACGUGGUCAUGUUCCUCCAAUAAAGCAUGGCGCAAGAAAAAAAAAACAACUAAGGAGGUGUGAGUUUCGCACCGUACUGAUUUUGGAAUGACUGACAGCAUCAAAAUGCAUCUUUCUUGUUCUUGCCUGUUUGCUGUGCUCAUUCAAAAUAAAG